CGGCUCCUCCUGAGCGAAGCAAGAUGGCGGCCGUCGUGGAGAGAGUGGACGGAUGUGUUGGGUCCUUGGACUCGGACGCGGUGUCGCCGAGACAGUUCAGCCCCCCCCCGGACCAGCCGCACCAGAACAACCCGCUGCUCGGGCUGCCCAUCGUGGCCAUUGAGACCGUUCUCCAUUUCCUGUCCUACGACGAGAUCAGCCUGCUGCGCUCGGUGUGUAAGCGUAUGGACAUGAUCUGCCAGCGUGUCCUGAAUCAGGGCUUCCUGAAGGUGGAGCGUUACCACAGUCUGUGCCAGAGGCAAGUCAAGGCCCAGCUGCCCAGGCGAGAAUCCGAGCGGAGGAAUCAUUCGCUGGCCCGACACGCCGACAUCCUGGCUGCCGUGGAGACGCGCCUCUCUCUGCUCAACAUGACCUUCAUGAAAUACGUCGACUCCAACCUCUGCUGCUUCAUCCCUGGAAAGGUGAUCGAUGAGAUUUACCGGGUGCUGCGCUACGUGAACUCCACCCGAGCCCCGCAGCGGGCCCACGAGGUGCUGCAGGAGCUGAGAGACAUCUCCUCCAUGGCCAUGGAGUACUUUGACGAAAAGAUCGUCCCCAUCCUGAAGAAGAAGCUGCCGGGGGCCGACCUGUCCGGCCGCCUCAUUGGCUCCACACCAGUGGCGGGUCCGUCUACCUCCCUGACCACCAUGUCCCUGCUGGCCAAGAACACGCCGUCCCGCUCCGAGAUGACCAAGGUGCAGCAGCAGGUGAAGGUGAACGGGGCGUCCAUGACGGUGCUGCGCAGGGAGAUGCAGGAGAUCCGGGUGAAGCAGCUGGAGCAGCAGAAGCAGCUGCAGGACCAGGAGCAGAAGCUGCUGGAACAGACCCAGGUGAUCGGCGAGCAGAACGCCCGCCUCGCCGAGCUGGAGCACAAGCUGCGCGAGCUGAUGGACAGUAGCGCCGCCGCCGCCCCCUCCACCUCCAGCGCCGCCGCCGUGUCGUCCUCCGCGGUCGGCGGUGCGGCCGCGGCCGCCCUGCCCAGGGGGCUGGAGGGCGAGGGGGGCGAGGGGGGCUUGUUGCUCAAGCGCAGCAGGAAGAGCGCAGACCUCCCGCGACAGUCCAAGCGGCUGCGCAGCAAGAAGUGAGAGACUCCGCGUGUCCUUUAGUAGAAGCUUUCUUUUUGCUUUUGUUUUUCCGACGGAGCGCGCGUCGUCCCCCAAGCAGAGUCCCGCCCACCACGACGUCGCUCAUCAGCUGCGCUGUCGGAGAUGAGCCGGAGCCCCCCGACCUUCCCCUCAGUGAUUGAGAACACAGGCCGUGUGCCAGACUAUUUAUUGAAGGUCCCAUCAAGUGACUCCAUGCAGGAGCUCCUCCUGGAGGCUUCUGUGCUUCUUCAUGUCUAAACAGAGAUUCAGGUGGUUGGUAAAUUUGGUAUGUGUUAUUAAUGUCGUUCCUGUCUCUGGGGGGGGAAAGUACCUGACGUGAUAUUUUAUUUCAGAACUGUACACAAUGAAAUAAAUCCCAGUGAAAAGGGUCCUCAUCACCUAGUUGAUACAGCUAACAGACGUUGCAUGCUCUGGGUAUCCGGGAUCUCCGUUCCAUUUUAGUAUGGAAGGAAGUCUCAAUCCACCAGCAGUCAUUUCAUCCACACUCUUCUUACUCUGGUAAAGUGCAAUAAAAGUCAUCUGAAAAGUCA